AUGGUACUCAAUUUGAAUAUAAUUUUCUUCCUAGCCUUGUAUUCCUUGCCUGCAGUGAAAAGUUCAAUGGUACAUUUGAAAAACAACAGAUAUGAUGGCAUUGUGAUUGCAAUUAAUCCCAGUGUCCCUGAAGAUGAAAAACUCAUUCAAAACAUAAAGGAAAUGGUGACUGAAGCUUCUAUAUAUCUGUUCCAUGCUACCAAACGAAGGGUUUACUUCAGGAACAUAAGCAUCUUAAUUCCGAUGACCUGGAAAUCAAAAUCUGAGUACUCAAUGCCAAAACAAGAAUCAUACGAUAAGGCAGAUGUCAUAGUUGCUAAUCCUUACGUAAAAUAUGGAGAUGAUCCCUAUACACUUCAAUAUGGACAAUGUGGAGAGAAGGGACAAUAUAUAUAUUUUACUCCAAAUUUUUUACUGACAAAUAAUUUGCCAAUCUAUGGACCCCGAGGCAGAGUAUUUGUCCAUGAGUGGGCCCAUCUCCGAUGGGGAAUAUUUGAUGAGUACAACAUGGACAAGCCGUUUUAUAUUUCCAGACAGAGCACCAUUGAAGCAACAAGAUGUUCAACUGGUAUUACUGGAACUAAUGCGGUUGUCAAAUGCCAAGGAGGCAGCUGCAUAACAAGGCCAUGCAGACGAGACUCACAAACAGGGCUGUUUGAAGCAAAAUGUGCAUUCAUCCCAGACAGAUCUCAGACUUCAAGAGAAUCUAUUAUGUUUAUGCAAAGUCUUGAUUCUGUGACUGAAUUUUGUACAAAAGAAACACACAAUACAGAAGCUCCAAAUCUACAAAACAAAAUGUGCUACCAGAAAAGUACAUGGGAUGUAAUUAUGAGCUCUGAUGAUUUUCAGAAAGCCUAUCCCUUGCCAGAAAAAUAUAUACCACCUCAUCCUACAUUUUCAUUGCUCAAAUCCAAACAGCGAGUGGUCUGCUUAGUUCUUGACAAAUCUGGAAGCAUGAGUUCAGAAGAUCGUCUGUUAUGAAUGAAUCAAGCCGCAGAACUAUAUUUGAUUCAAAUUAUUGAAAAGGGAUCCUUGGUUGGGAUGGUCACAUUUGACAGCAAUGCUUACAUCCAAAAUUAUCUAAGAAAGAUAACUGAUGAUAACGAUUACCAACAUAUUACUGCAAACCUGCCUCAAAGCGCUAAUGGUGGAACUUCUAUUUGCAAUGGACUCAAAGCAGGAUUUGAGGUAAUAAGAAAGGAUAACCAAAGCACUUUUGGUUCUGAAAUCAUACUACUAACAGAUGGGGAAGAUGAUGCUAUAAGUUCAUGCUUUAAGGAAGUAAAACAAAGUGGUGCAAUCAUCCACACCAUUGCUCUGGGACCUUCAGCAGCCAAAGAACUGGAGAGCCUUUCAAAUAUGACAGGAGGACUUCAGUUUUUUGCCAAUAAAGAUAUAAAUGGCCUUAUUGAUGCUUUUAGCAGAAUUUCAUCUAGGAGUGGCAGCAUUACUCAGCAGGCUAUUCAGCUGGAAAGUAAAGCCUUAAACAUUGCAGGAAAGAGGUGGAUAAAUGGCACCGUGCCUGUGGAUAGCACCAUUGGGAAUGACACUUUUUUUGUUGUCACAUGGACAACUAAAAUGCCAGACAUAGUUCUCCAAGAUCCCAAAGGAAAGAAAUAUAAUACCAGAAACUUUGAAAAAGACAAACUUAAUAUUAGGUCUGCCCGUCUUCGAAUACCUGGUAUUGCAGAGACAGGCACUUGGAUUUACAGACUUGAAAAUAAAGAUGUCCACUCUCAGCUGCUAACAGUGACGGUGACCACAAGAGCAAGAAGCCCUACCACACUCCCAGUAAUAGCAAUUGCUCACAUGAGUCAAAAUACAGCACAUUACCCUAGCCCAGUGAUCAUUUAUGCAUGAGUCAGUCAAGGUUUUUUGCCAGUUCUAGGAAUUAAUGUAACAGCCAUUAUAGAAAAUGAAGAUGGACAUCAAGUAACAUUGGAACUUUGGGACAAUGGUGCAGGUGCUGAUACCGUCAAGAAUGACGGCAUCUAUUCAAGAUAUUUUACAGAUUACCAUGGAAAUGGUAGAUACAGUUUAAAAGUACAUGCCCAGGGAAGAAAAAAUAUGUCUAGGUUAAGUUUAAGAUCACAGAACAAAGCUCUGUAUGUACCAGGCUAUGUUGAAAAUGGUAAAAUUAUACUGAAUCCACCCAAACCAGAAGUGGAAAAUUUCAUGGGAGAAAUUCAAGUCGAAGACUUUAACAGACUAACCUCUGGAGAAUCAUUUGUUGUAUCAGGAGCUCCUCCUCCUGGUAAUAAUACUCAUGUGUUCCCACCUAGUAAAAUUACAGACCUUGAGGCCAAAUUUAAAGAGGAUAAUAUUCAACUUUCAUGGACUGCCCCUGGAAAAGUCCUUGAUAAAGGAAAAGCUAGUAGCUACAUUAUAAGAAUAAGUGAGUGUUUCCUGGAUCUCCGAAAUUAUUUUGACAAUGCUGCUUUAGUGAAUACAUCUAGUCUGAUGCCUCAAGAAGCUGGCUCAAGAGAAUGCUUUGAAUUUAAACCAGAACCAUUUAAAGCAGAAAAUGGCACUAAAUUAUAUAUUGCAAUUCAAUCCAUCUAUGAAAGCAAUCUCACCUCAAAUGUUUCUAAUAUUGCCCAAGCAAACAAGAUUAUUCUUCGACCAGAACCCAGUGUCCCAGCUCUGGGCAACAGUAUUUCUGCAAUCAAUUUGGCAACUUUGGGAUUAGCUGUGGUUUUGUCUUUAUUUUAA